AUGUCUCGUCAUCAGGCUGACCUUGUGCUAUGCAUGCGACAACCAGGCACUCAUUUUGGGCUUGUUUGCUCAAAAUGUGACGGUAAAUGUCCACUUUGUGACUCUUAUACUGACCCUACAGUUCCUGUUCGAUUAUGUGCCCAAUGUUCGCAAGGACGUAGUGCGAAAAAUUGCAUCAUAUGUGGUAAUCCUAACGGAAUAGUUACUGCCCAUUUUUGUGCAGAAUGUUGUCGAGCAGAACGAAACCGUGAUGGUUGUCCUCGAGUACUUAAUGUAGGUAACAACCGUUUGGAACAUCAUUUUGAUUCGCGUCAAACCUCAAAGUAG